AGCGUCGGGCCAUGGCUCCACCCUGACGCCAUGGCUCGCUUGGCGCGGCGCAGUCUGCGGAUCAAAGAUCUGCCGAUCUUCAGCCUGUCGCAGUCCUUCCGGGACCUCGCUGAUACGGAGCUCCCAGAGUUGCCGUUGAACUUCUUUGAACCUCGAUAUGUGGAGCUAGCGAGACGCAUUGCUCCCCCGAAGGGCGAUGGAAAGUUCGGCUACACCCAAGUCGUGCAGCGCAGAAAGGGUGGCCGAGGCAUGCUGGUGGCGGCUCGUGACUUCCGCUGGUCGGGCUCUGAUGGCCCAGUGGUGUUUUUCGCGCGGGGGUUGCGGCGUUUUCGUAUCCUCUCUGUGCGCAGUGAGUCGAUGAAGCAAGGGGAUCCCCUCUACAAGGCCCACGUGCAGCUGCUUUCAGAUCGGGAUCUGUCCCGGAUGCAGGUUUCGCAGGAUUCCACUGGACCCGGCACCAUCUUUGGACAGGUCUAUGUCCAGGAUGGUGGCGGCUUGGGCUUUGCUUCUUACCAUUUUCAUCAAGAGGGGUCUUUCAUCUCCUAUGAGAGUGCCAUGAGCAAAUCCUUCAGUCCUUUGGAUGAUGGCAGCCAGCCUCCACAGAGGAAGGAGUUUCUGGAUGCUUCCUUUGAUCAGGAGAAGCGCAUUUUCCGAGGCACCAUCGACUGGUCGCCUAGCUCCUGGCAGGGCGAUCAGCGAUGGGUCUAUCAGAUGUAUUUCUCCACAGACUUUGAGCAGAUCGUGGGUGGCAUAGUAGAAGCCAUUCCGGCAGAUCCAGCAGGCCGAAGUAAAAUCAUUCGCUUUGGUGUCAACUUGCACUACAGCCGCUUGCAGUUGGGCCUGGAUGCCGAUUCGGUCAAGGAUGUGCUUCUGCAGUCCGGCGUCCCCGCCUCCAACGCCGAGGCGGCGCUGGGCGAGGCCGUCGUAGCCACGGCGGAGCCGUUGGCGGCGACGACGUUGGCGGAGGCGGAGGAGACGCUGCAGCUGGCGGAACCAGUGCGGGGGCACAUGUGCCAACGCCGCACUGUCCAGCGCUCUCUAAAAAGCAUCAUCUCCUCAAGCCGGCCCUACUGGGCGCGCUUGGCGGCAGUGACUCGCCUUGGCAGGCUGGCCACGCCACCUGUGCCGGUAAUGGAAGCAGAGAAUGCCCUGCAUGCAGCUCUUCUGGCGGUGGCCGAAAAUGGAGAAGGUGAACUGCAAGGGGCAAUUGAAGAUGCACUGCGCAGUUGUUGGGAAGAUUCCGGGGAUGCGAAGGUGAACGCCGAGAUGGCGGAGGGCGUACAGCUCUUGGACGACCAAAAGGUUGAUGAAGCACUGCAGAUCUUCACUGGAGUCCUGGAGAAGGCCCCAGGCUUUGCAGAAGCUUGGCACAAGCGCUCCAUCGCCUACUUCGCGCAGAAGAACUUCAAGGAGGCCGUGGAGGACUGCCGCAAGGCGUUAGAGAUCCGACCUCUGCACUACUGGUGUUUGACGGGGAUGGGUACAUGUCACUACGAGCUGGGGGAGAAAGAGAAGGCAAUGGAAUGCUGGAAGGCUGCGCUUCAGGUGUGUCCCUUGAUGCCUGGGGCGCAAACCAAGCUGGACGAAGCCGAAGUGAAUGAAAUCAUCGACCAGCAUUUGAGGCCACGCAUGGAUCGGCUCAUCAACGCUUUUGGAGAUGGGGAGCCACAACUGGAGCUAGCUGGGUCAAGCCACUGGGACGUCCAUCGCAUCCGCAUGGACCAGGAGAAGUUCCCGGGAGUUUGGGCCUACUUCUUCAGAUUAUCUUUGCGCCGGCCUGCGGGAUGCAGCACCCUGAAGAGCAGGGCAAGGUUCUACGUCUUGAAGGGCUCAGAUGGGAAGGUCUUCCCCUUCACGCGGCCAACCAUUGGCAGUGCUAGCUUCAGCCUAAAACCAGGCGAGGAGUACAAGUUUUGCUGGUGCCUUGUGGUGGGCCGCGAGCUGCAACGAAUUGUCGCGGGGCAGCUGAUGGAAACAGAGGACACAGCUGGUGCUUCGGGCGCUGCGGGGGAGUUUCAUCACGAGGAGCUGCCCAUGCUGUUCCCCACGGGCGCGCCGGAGAUCGAGCUGUCUGACGCGGAACGACUUGGGCCGGGAGACGGCUACACCUUCACGGGCCAUUUGGACCUAUGGACCAUGGCAGGCUUCUGAGCUUCGCAAGGGAGCUGGCUAGUGGGUCGUUAGAAAUGGCGCUUGAGCACCCUUUGAAGGCUCAAGUGGAUGCGAUUCUUUGUGCAUAGUCGCCUUUUUGCGGCCUUCUGCCA